AUGGCGCCUAUAUCUGCAGAUGACCGCUUUCGAGCUAUUGUGUUCUCUGGUCCCAGCGGCACCGGGAAGAGCACAUUGAUAAAGCGCUUGUUUGCAGCUCAUCCUGAUCUCUUUGGCUUCUCUGUCUCCCACGCCACAAGAAAACCCAGACCUGGCGAAGUAGACGGAACCCACUACCACUUCGUCAGCGUCGAAAAGUUCGAGGCCAUGAUCGCGGACAAUGCUUUCCUCGAACAUGCAAAAUUCGGCGGGAACUACUAUGGGUCGUCCAAGCAAGCCGUGCAGGACGUCGCCGAGGGUCGUGGGAAAGACAUCAAUGGAGGGACAGCUGAGGGCAAGAGGAUUUGCAUAUUCGACAUUGAGAUGGAAGGGGUGAAGCAGUUGAAGAGGAGCAGCCUAAACCCGAGAAUAUGCUUCAUUCAGCCGCCCAGUCUUGAAAUCCUGGAGCAGCGGUUACGGGGGCGUGGCGACACGGAUGAGGCUUCAGUCCAAAAGAGGUUGGCCCAAGCAAAGAACGAAAUCGAAUACUGCAAAAGCGAAGGCAAGAAUGACAAGGUCAUCAUCAACGACGACUUGGACCGCACCUUUAGGGAGCUGGACGAAUGGGUCAUGAAAGAUAUCUCCAAGACGACUCCAACAUGA